UAUUCCUCUAAGCUCGAGCUUCCCCAUGGACGCUGUGGAGUUGUUUAAGAGGCUUGGAGCCGGCGCAAAGUUUAAUUUUAAAAGAUUUGGCAGAGAUGCGGAAAGGUUUAAGGUUACAAGAUCUCAGCCGAAAGACAUCUCCAAUCCUUUGACUGAAAUCAGCUUCUUUGGCCAAACCAGAGAGGAGUCAGCUGAAGAACUCAGACCCGACAAUAAUGAGGAGCACGAAUCAGAUGAUGAUGAUUCGAUUGUCAUGGAUGAAUCAUUAAACAAGCCGAAGAAAAAAAGGAACAGGGAUAAACGAAAAGCUCAGGGCUCAGAAGAUGAGAGUAGUGAGGAUGAGGAGGAGGAGGAGGAGACAGGAAUUCAGUGGGUGUCUUCACAAGACAAGAAGGCGAAAGGACCAAAGAAAAAGGCAACAGAUGGACCAUCAGUAAAGAGAUUGAAGCAGCUUCAUAAAGAGAAGCUUAAUAAGAUCCGGCAUCAGAACAGGAUUAAUGUGCACGGCACCGACGUCCCAGACCCUCUUGGCACAUUCGAAGAGCUUCAGCAGGAAUACGAGCUGGAUUCCCGGAUCAUCCAGAACAUUAAAGCUGCUGGCUUUCAGACCCCCACCCCCAUUCAGAUGCAGGCCAUCCCGCUCAUGAUGCACAGACGUGAAAUCCUGGCGUGUGCCCCCACAGGCUCGGGUAAAACCAUAGCCUUCUGCCUGCCCAUACUGGCGCAUCUUCGUCAGCCGCUCAACAAGGGCUUCAGAGCGCUCAUCGUGGCACCGACGAGAGAGCUGGCCAGCCAGACACACAGAGAGCUGCUAAAACUGUCUGAGGGUUUGGGCUUCAGGGUUCACAUGAUUAACAAGGGAGUGGAUGCGGCUAAAAAAUACGGUCCCAAAUCGGCCAAGAAGUUCGACAUUUUGGUGACGACGCCAAACAGGCUGAUCUACCUGCUGAACCAGGAACCUCCAGCUGUUGAUCUCAGCAGUGUGGAGUGGCUGGUGGUGGAUGAGUCCGAUAAGCUGUUUGAGGAGGGAAAGAUGGGCUUCAGGGAGCAGCUGGCCACCAUCUUCCUGGCCUGCACCUCUCCCAAAGUUCGCCGAGCCCUCUUCAGUGCCACGUUCACCACCGAGGUGGAGCAAUGGUGCAAGCUCAAUCUGGACAAUCUCGUCUGUGUUAACAUCGGACCCAGGAACUCUGCAGCUGAGACGGUAGAGCAGGAGCUUUUGUUUGUAGGCGCAGAAAAUGGCAAGCUGCUCGCUAUGAGGGACCUGAUAAAGAAGGGGUUCAUGCCACCCAUGCUGGUGUUCGUGCAGUCCAUAGAGCGAGCCCGAGAGCUGUUCCACGAGCUGGUGUAUGAGGGGAUCAACGUGGAUGUGAUUCACGCCGAACGCACACAACAACAGAGAGAUAAUGUGGUGAGCAGCUUCCGUUCAGGAAAAAUCUGGGUGCUCAUCUGCACAGCGCUCAUGGCCCGGGGGAUCGACUUCAAAGGUGUCAACCUCGUGAUAAACUACGACUUUCCUACGAGUGCUGUGGAGUAUAUUCAUCGCAUAGGUCGCACAGGAAGAGCGGGUCAUAAAGGGAAAGCCGUUACGUUUUUCACAGAGGCUGACAAACCACUCCUGCGCAGCAUUGCAACAGUCAUAAAACAAGCAGGAUGUCCAGUUCCUGAUUACAUGAUUGGAUUCAAGAAACUAAAAAGCAAAGUCAAACGUCAUCUUGAGAAGAAACCGCCAAGAAGAUCAACGAUUUGCACAACGCCUCGUUUUCUCAUGAAAAAAAAUCCCGGCAAAGUAAUAAGGAAAAAAGGAAAAACUGAGGCAAAAUCAACUGGAGGUGAAACAAAUGAGUGUAAAAAUAACUGAGUUAAUAAAUAAACUUUGUAAAAAUAAAUUGUCCAAUAAAACUAAAAAGGUA